CUACAAUCGGUCCACCGAAGAAUUCAGUAUCCUAAGAUCGUCAUAUCGUAACAAUUACGACCGAAAGUAACGUGCAUCAUGAAAGUUCUGCUUCUUCUUUGCCUGGUUUUGACCAGUGCUAUAGUUCUUGCCAAACCUCUCGACACACCCGAUCUCUUGCAAUCCGCCGGUGACGAAGUGGUUUCUCACGACGGUCAGAACCCUGACGAGGUGAAGGCAGCAUCAGAGGAAGCGGAUUUCAACCAAGAUGAGGAAUUUGAUGAGGAUUUCGAAUCAGAAGAUCAUCCAAUGCAAGAUCCUCGACCCCCGCAAGAUUCAGAAGCACCCCGUCCAUCACAACCAGAGCAAAAUCAUCAAGACAAUAAAAGCGAACAUGCUCAGGAACCUUCCCAAAACGAACGUCCAUCACAUGAAGCACCUUCAGAACAUGGUGAACACCCAAAGGAUAGUUUAGAUCAUUCAGAUCAACAACACGAAGACAGACCAUCUUCCCAAGAUGAUGGAAGUCGUCAUCACUUCCAUCAACACCAUCAUAGCGGUGACAAUCAGGAACAAGGAAGUGAUGGUCAGAAAGAGCAUCAUCAUAAUCAUCAGGGAAGCUCAGGACACCAAGGAUCACAGGAACAACGUCCACCUCAGGUACAUCAAAAUCCUGGACAAGGACCUCAGGGACAACGUCCACCACAGGGAUCGCAAAACUCUGGGUAUGAAUCCGAAGAGCAACGUCCUCCACAGGGAUCACAACAGCCUCAGCAAGGUCCACAAGGACAGCGUCCUCCACAGGGCCCUCAAAACCCUGGACAAGGACCACAAGGACAGCAUUUCCAGCGCCCUCCUCAAGAAUCACAAGGGCCACAAGGACAGCGCCCUCCACAGGGACCUCAAAAUCCUGGACAAGAACAACAAGGACAGCGUCCACCCCAGGGACCUCAAAACUUAGGACAAGGACAGCAGGGACAAGAUUCCCAGCGCCCUCCUCAAGGACCACAAGGUUCCCAAAACCCGGAACAAGGACCACAAGGACAAGAUUCCCAGCGCCCUCCUCAAGGACCACAAGGACCGCAACAUCCUGGACAAGGACCACAAGGUCCCCAACAGGGGCCAUCAGGACAAGGAGGUCAACCACAGGGACCACCUCAAUCGGGAUCAGCACAGCCAAGUGGAUCAGCUCCAGAAGAGGUUAACAUCAAUAUCAAUAUAGGUCAGUAAAUGUUUGAUGUUGUAAUUAAGAAGAGUUGGAGUUGAAGUUUAACCUGGAAUGGUUCAAUAAAAUAUAUAUACUAAGA